AUGCCAACCACACCAAUCCCCCGGCAACUCACAAACCUCACGAAGAAGCCUCCCAGCUUGAACCCUGGCCUUCCUUCCCCUUCCAUUACAGGGCUUCCCGCCCGCAAGCUUCCUCAACAAAGCACGCAAGUCUCCUCGCCCAAAAAGACCCGACUAUUCUCCAACUUCCCCGCCCGAGGGAAAAACAACAGCCCCUCCAAAGCAAUCCAGCACGGUAGCCUGAACCCCCCCAAGGGGCAGAAUGGUAACCCAACACCCAAGGCUCGGGAAGAUGCAAACAGCAAAGUGCCUAUCCCCCUGCUCGUCCCGUUGCAAGCACUGCUCCGCGAUGCAGCCACCCUAGCAUUGAUCCUGGAUGAUAUGAGCAGUCCGCAACUGAUACUCGUGGUCGUUGAUGGGCUGGAGGCACUGCACGCACGGGCACAGAUGGAGGGAACACAGCGGUGGACGGUGGAUCCUGCUUACCGGGACAGGGGUAGGGCGAUGAUUGUCGAUCGGGGUUGCUCGAGGACCCAUUGGACUGCUGGGGAGAGGUUGUUCGAUGCGGAGGUCUAUGAGGUGAUUGAGCGGGCGGUUGAGUAUGCGACUACUGGUGGUACUGGUGGUGAUGGUAGUGGUGGUGGUAGAGGCUUUGAGAUGAGGAUGAGGGGUUUCAAGUUUGGGUGA